AUGUCAAGCGAGGCACCAAGGCGGUACCUUCCUGGUAACGAGAACUCCAGUAUAGUCGCUAACCGAUACAGCAUGCAACCUCCUCUGAAGAGGCGUAGGACGGUAGUUGGCGGAGUGACUAAGAGCAGGUCGGUUGGUGUGAUUCAUGGGACUAGCAUGCUCCGUUGCAGAGAAGACAGCGCCAGUAGUACAGGAGCGUCGUACUCUAGCAGCAAAGUCUUCGGCCAGGGGCUACCUCAUGCAGUGGGGUAUUUGACUGGAAAUGUCUGCGACUUCGUCACCCCCGAUCGGCGGCCAGAGGCAGGUCUUAGCAGUCCUGGCUCGCUCCCUCGGGAGCCAUCCUAUGAAGAGGUCGAUGAUGCGCUCGAAGACUUCAAAAACUAUGAUUGGAAGUCUGAGUUGAAGAGUUGGGACCGGAAAGUUGUGGGAGAUGCGCAGUAUUGUGCGGAGAUUGCUCAGAGCAUGUAUCACCGCUUGUUCGAGUUUGAUGCUGAAUACGUGUCACCAGAGGUUGACUUUCUCGACCCGAAUUAUCUAGAGAAGCGACAGUACAGGAUUACUCCGAGGAUGCGGGCCAUGCUGGUGGACUGGCUGGUUGAUGUCUUGUCGAAAUGGGAGAUCCGAGAUGAGGCCCUACAUUUGUGCAUUUCCCUUGUGGACCGAUUCCUAUACAAAUCAGAGCGCCUCAUUGAAGUUGGGAAGCUGCAACUUGUCGGGAUAUGUUGCGCGAUGAUUGCUAGCAAAAUGCAAAACUCGUUCAGCCCGGAGUUGGACUCCCUCAUGAGGAUCUGUGAUGGGGCUUAUGAUAUCCUUCAAAUCGAACAGAUGGAACAUGCUAUCAUCAAGGCAUUAGACUACCGUAUCGACCUGCCAACCGCGUGGACCUACCUCCGGAGAUGGAACCAGAUUUUCUCUCUUCGAAGGCCGUAUUAUUUCAUCUCGGCCUACUUUCUAGACCUCACAUUGCUGGAGUACGAGACUCUCAAAUUCCGGCCUGCCGUGGUGGCCCUGGCCUGUGCAUGGGUAGCUGUUCACAUGAAGCGUGAUCGCAAGAAGCGUAAAGCCAUGAAGGCUCUGGUGCAUCGGAACUGGCUGGCGGUGACCUUCUCUCUGCCGGUUUCAAAGUGGUAUGUGGACGGCCCCUGGGCUCCGUCGCAGUGGACCCUCGACUACCCUCCUGUUUUCGCGUAUUUCGAGAAGUUCCUAGCAAAGGUGGCAGCUGCCGUAGCGUAUUUGACAAAUAGUGACAGAGCUGGUGCUCAGGCCCAAGAUGAUGUUGCUCCUGGAUCCGUGGUAUUAUUCCAACGACUUACGGUCAUCGUAUCAGACCUAACUCUGAUACCAGGGGUAUUAUUACUAUGCCCACCCUCGGGUGUCUUCACUCCUAUGAAGACACUACGGUAUCUUGGUCUUCUCUAUAUGCUGGCAAUGCCUGCUCUUCUCCUCAUCGAUCAUGUCCACUUUCAGUAUAAUGGGAUGCUCCUGGGAGUCUACUUCUCAGCCAUUGGGCUGAUGCAGCGUGGGAAUGUAUUAUGUGGCGCAGUAGCGUUCACACUACUCGUGUUGUCGAAGCACAUCUUCGCCUACGCUGCCCCAGCCAUCGGUGUUUGGCUCCUCUGCAACUACUGUAUGGUCACGAAAUCCUAUCAAACUGGAGUCGAAAGGAACUUCAAUUUCCGUCGACUCCUCGAACUCGUAGUGGUAGUGCUCGCCACCACAGCUGUAGUUCUACUGCCUAUAAUGUACGCCAUGUGUGGGAGUAUGCCGUGGUUGAUAGUGUUCCUUAGUUACAACGGUGAACUGCAGCCGAUGCUCAGCCGGAUGUUCCCCUUCGACAGGGGUCUCACACACGCCUAUUGGGCACCCAACGUCUGGGCUCUAUACUACGGUGCUGAUGUGGUGUUGGCUAAGCUGAAAGGCCUCCCUGGAUCGGCCUUUACGCACGGUUUGGUCCAAGUGAUGGACCCUACAGUUCUCCCUCCCAUUCGACCGAUCCACGCCUUGCUAGCUACUGGUAGUAUCUAUCGCCAAAAGAAGUCCAUCGUAGUUGUCUUAGUUGCCGUCUAUCUUCCCAUACUCACUGGUAUAGUCCGGGAGUCUGGCCGGCCUCAUGGUAGUCAAAGAAGCUUGCUAUUUUGGGCUACUAUAGGUAGCAGUGCGUCAUUCAUGUGCGGAUGGCAUGUCCAUGAGAAAGCCCUGGUUACAGUCGUGGCCCCUAUGAUGUUGGAGAUUAUCCUCAAGAGGGAUCUCCACGGCUCUUCUCGCUAUGUGACAGCAGUAGCCUCCCUCUCAACUUUCAUGAUGGCCUCUCUGCUGCCCCUUCUACCCGACUCCCCCCCAGAGCUAGGCCUCAAGUGUACCCUCACGUUGCUCUCGUGGUCGAUCGAUUGCUGCAUUGGCUCCAUGAGCGCCGACGGUGGAAGGUUCCAUCGCUACGUAGUGGCUAUAACGGCGAUGGCCUGUGUUAUGCAUCAAUGGAUUCUACCGGCAGUGUUGCCUUCUAUGACCUUCGCUCCGCUCAUGUUCAUCAGCGUCUUUUGCUCCAUUGGGGUGACCAUUUCUCUGUUAGCCUGCUAUUGGUUCUCUACUGAUCAUCUACUGAGCUUCGACGACGAUGGGAAGAGGAAUUGA